GGAAACUUAACCCUCUCUUAUACAUUCUUGCACCACACAUUAUCAUUAACAUCUCUCUCUCUCUCUCUCUCUCUCAUUUUUCUUUCUUGCUCUUUGUGCUCAUGGAACCUAGCACCACUGGUGAACCUGCAAAGUCACAUGGAAACCAUACCAAUAAGCAUCAUAGCUUGCAUUCUCAACUCCAUGAUCACCAUCAUGGCAUCCUCUCUUCCACCUCUAUCCUUAUAAUCAUUAUAUCAGCUAUUUCUGUUGUUCUAGUUCUCACAAUCUUUCUUAUUAUAGCAAUGCUUAGAAGACUCAAAUCUUCUAAGAAUAGAGGCAGUUGCAGAGACUUGAGCAGUUGCAACACUAGCAAGUUCGUUGCUCAUACCACCAUAAGCUUCACUUCAAGCCCAGAUGUUAACGGUACUGGAUGUCUAUAUGGAAGCAAUUUGGGUCAUAAGCCUCCAAGUAAACACAAAGGAGUCCAAGUUUUCACAUACAAAGAGCUUGAGAUUGCCACAAACAAAUUCAGCGCAUCAAAUGUGAUAGGGAAUGGAGGGUAUGGAGUGGUGUAUAGAGGUACUCUAAGUGAUGGGACUGUGGCUGCAAUUAAGAUGCUCCAUAGAGAAGGGAAGCAAGGAGAGCGGGCAUUCAGGGUAGAGGCAAAUUUGCUAAGCAGGUUGCACUCACCAUACCUGGUGGAACUACUUGGUUAUUGUGCUGACCAAAACCAUAGGCUCCUAAUAUUUGAAUAUAUGCAUAAUGGUAGUCUUCAACACCAUCUCCAUCACAAGCAAUAUCGACCUUUGGAAUGGGGGACACGAUUGAGGAUAGCCCUUGGUUGUGCUAGGGCCCUGGAGUUCCUUCAUGAGCAUACUAUCCCAGCAGUUAUCCAUCGUGACUUCAAGUGUAGUAACAUUUUACUAGACCAAGAUUUUAGGGCUAAGGUUUCUGAUUUCGGAUUGGCUAAGAUGGGUUCGGACAGGAUCAACGGUCAGAAUUCGACUCGUGUUCUGGGGACCACUGGUUAUCUAGCACCAGAGUAUGCUUCAACUGGCAAGCUUACCACAAAAUCAGAUGUAUACAGCUACGGAGUUGUUCUUUUACAGAUCUUAACUGGUCGUAUACCGAUUGAUACCAAGCGGCCCUCCGGUGAACAUGUUCUUGUCUCCUGGGCUCUUCCACGGCUAACUAACAGAGAUAAGGUAAUGGAAAUGGUUGAUCCAGCAUUGCAAGGCCAGUAUUUAAUGAAGGAUUUGAUUCAGGUAGCUGCUAUUGCAGCAGUGUGCGUGCAACCAGAAGCAGAUUAUCGGCCUUUAAUGACAGAUGUUGUUCAGUCACUCGUCCCUCUGGUCAAGAACCUCUCUUCUGUAUCUUCCACUGGUUCCUCUAGAUUUAUGAAUCAGUCAAGUCCAAGGCCUAUGUAGAUUUUACUGUAAUAAAGACUAAUAAAAGGAACUCCUACCACUUGUAUCAAAAAUCAAAGCUUUGAAUUUGGAAAUUGAUGUUUUGUUUGGCA